UAUGACUUAUUUUUAUUGUUUGUAAACAUUGAUAAUUGAUGGACUGCUUAUUAAAUUUUAUUAUUUAAAAAUUACUGAUAUAAAUAAAAUUAAUGAACUUUGAGUUUCAUUAAAAAAUUUGUUAAAUACCUAUUUGAAAUAAAAAAGUUCGAAUUAUUUCGAUUUUUAUUUAAAGCCUUUGAGUGCCAAAAAAAAUAACAUGAUGACAAAUUUCGACGAUGUUUGUGAGAAAUUGGAUAAUCUUUCCAUACGUUCUCUUGAAUUAAUGGACGAAAGGAUAGCCCUGACAAUUCAACUGGAAAAUCAAAUGCGAGAUGGUCAUAUUGAGUUAGCAAAAGCUCGAUACAUACGUGGAAAAGAAAGCGUAGGAUUAUUGCAAGUUCCUCAAGACACUACAAUAAACUCUUUAUUCAAUUUAGAAACAAAAUAUACUAAUGAUGAUACAAAUAAAUCAAUUACAACCGUAAACUUUGACAUCAGUAUGAAAAGUAAAGAUAAUAUUGAAAAUCAAGAUCCUAUUCGGUGGUUUGGGGUUUUGGUACCACAAAGCUUGAAGACAGCCCAAAAAAGAUUCCAAGAAUCUAUUUAUAUUUCGGCGAAAAUAGCAAAUAUUGAUGCCGAACUCGAAACUAUUCGUAAAAAUUUUGACGAAUCGAAAAAAUUAAAAAAUAAUUUAGUUAAUGUUGAAGAAUAAUUUAUUAUUAUUUAUAAAUGGUAAUUGAAAAAAUAUAAAACAUUAAAAAAGUAUUUUCUUUUUGCCUAUUUUUUUAUUUCUUUUAAUAAAUAACAAAACGGAAGGAGAAUAAGAAUUCUACGAAAGGUAAAAAAGCAAUUGAAUAUUUAUUUUGUAAGUGUGGUGCCUGACAAUGAAUUAGACAGGCAACCAACUUGACGAAACACUCGUUGUGGAAAUUACGUCACCUGCAAUUUCUGUUUCUUUUUUAGUGUCUAAAAAUAUGUGAAAAGAAAGUUUUAAACUGUUGUUCAACAUAACUUUAUAAUUUAAAAAAUCCACCGUGUGAAUCGAAAUGAAAUUUCGACAAGGUGGACUAAUUUUUUCCAAAGAUAUUGUAUUUUAUUGAUAGUUUAUAUGAUAUAUUAGAUAAAUAAAAUAUGAUUCGAAGAUACAG